AUGACGGACGAAAAACUCGAUGACAGGAAACGCAAAUCCCUGGAUAGCUUCAGCCCAUUUUGGUAUAUAUCCGUAAUGGGUACAGGUAUUUCGUCAGCACUUCUACAUUCAUUUCCAUAUGAGGCCCGUUGGCUCCGAAAUUGCUCAUAUAUCAUGUUCACUUUGGCAUGUCUAUUGUUGCUUUCCAUAAUGGCCGUGCUAAUAGGCAACAUUAUUUGGAGAGCGCGGCAAAAGUCUCUCCGUGGCUUCGCGAGGAGAUAUUUUUUUGACAAUUCGCAGAACGUUUUCUGGGGUACGUUGCCGAUGGGAUGGUCAACAAUCGUCAAUUAUAUAUUUCUGCUGGCUGAUAACGAACUUCAGGGCAAACAAGUUGCUAACCGUAUGGUAAUUUUGGUAUAUGUUUUGUGGUGGAUCAGUGUGCUCCUGGCGCUUGGAACUGCCUGGGGUAUUACUUUUUGUAUAUGGGACAAGCAAAAUCGGUUCUGGGACCUCAGUGUGGCCGAUCCCCACAACAAAGCUCUACGGCAAGAUUUGCAGGUCACGAUUCUUCUUCCGGUCAUUCCACUGGUAGUUACGAGUUCCAGUAGUGGGACGUUCACCAUGUCUCGGUUAUUUGUGGAAAACACAACUCGCAACGUCCAGCUUCUUACGCUCUGUGUAACGGGAUUAAUUUACUUCAAUGCACUCUUCUUUGUGAGCUUGAUCAUGAGCACUUACAUUUGGCACCUUUACGUCAAUAAGCUGCCGCGGCAGCGUAAAGUUUUUACGUUGUUUUUGCUCGUGGGACCUAUGGGCCAAGGUGCUUUUGGAAGUCUACUAUUCAGUAAUAACCUCAAAACCUACAUCGAAACUUACUAUCCGACCUCCUCUGCUGACGGAGAUGCACACAUCAUAAGUUUGGCUGCUCAAUGGUCUGUCAAGCUAUUUGGGAUUCUUCUGGCCCUGUUCCUCCUCGCCAAUGGUAUUUUUUUCACAUUGUUGUCCUUUGGUACCAUACUUUCAUUCUUCUAUACACUGCUGCCCUCAUACAGAGGACCACGGAUAAGCUCUUUCAACAAAUCCUGGUGGUCUAUGACUUUCCCUUUGGGGACGAUGGCGCUAGGUACUCAUGAAUUGUAUCAGCAAUACAACCCUUACGUCCCCAUUUCUGCUUUUCGCACUGUGAGUGCUAUAUUUGCCUCAAUGUGUAUCGUGGCGACCAUUGUCUGCUUGGUUGGGACCGUUUGGCUCUAUUGCGAGCCCUUUUUGAAAUUGUUCAGGAAAAGAAAAAGCCCAAAUGAAUCUAGUGAUACCUCACUAUGCUAA